AUUGGCUGUCGGCGGAGCGUCGGUGAAGUCAGCUCCGAGUCCCAGAAAAACAGAACGGGGCCGACUGAAGCGUGUAGUGCGAGUGGAGCUGGACGCGCGCACUUCGCCGGCGACCCGCAAGGAGUUGGCAUCCAUUGGAAGAGUUUGUGAAACCCUCUCUCUGCCCAGAGCUCCAGGACCAAUGCAUCUUCCCACCACCUUAAGCCACUGAGCAGUUCAGAGCCCCAGUUUCAGAAGACUUGUCCUGCGACCACCAUGAGCUCUGAAUGUGAUGCUUCCAAAGCUGUGGUGAAUGGCUUGGCAUCUGGCAGCAAUGGGCAAGACAAAGCAAUUGCCGACCCUUUACGUGCACGCUCUAUUUCUGCUGUUAAAAUAAUUCCUGUGAAGACAGUGAAAAACGCUUCAGGCCUAGUCCUACCUACAGAUAUGGACCCUACAAAAAUCUGCACUGGGAAGGGAGCAGUGACUCUCCGGGCCUCAUCUUCCUACAAGGAAAUCCCAAGCAGUACCCCUGUGAGCCCGCAGGAAACCCCACAACAUGGAAGCAAAUCAGGUCUGGAGCCAGAGCUUCCCCCAGCAGAUGAGUGGAGGGUUUCUUCUAGUGCUGAUGCCAAUGGAAAUGCCCAGUCCUCUUCACUGGCUGCCAAGGGCUACAGAAGUGUACAUCCCAACCUUCCUUCCGACAAGCCCCAGGUUCUCUCUCUCCCACGCCCUCCUCUCCCUGAAGAGAACUGCUUUGCAUGGCAGCCCCCCACCAACCACAGUACUUAUAAAGACUCCCUCUACCUGAGCUCACCAAAGCCUUAUGUCCCACCUGGCACCCCGAGCCAGCAGAACCCCUCACGACCCCAGCCUGUCUCUGUCCUCUCGGCAGCUGGUUCGGCCCCCAAAGGUGCAGUGCGUCCUGGUCCCUUGCUUCUAGAUUCCACGUGCCCCAGUGCUUCAUCCCAACCCCAGCAUCACUGUGCAGCCACUGGGACAGUUUGUAGGAAGAAUGUGAGCUCUAACCUGUGUCAUGAGUCAAUUAGGAAUAAAAAGGUCAGCAGCUUAUAUGUACCUUGUUUAUCCAGUAACAUUUGCCUGGCAGUGUCAGAAAACUACUCUCCUGUUGCACGUGACCCGGCCAAAGGCACUCCCUUGGAGGCUGCAGGCACCCGAGCACAGGCUCCCAGCCUUGUCUCCCACACAGCCAGCACUGGAAAACCAUCCCCUGCUCCUCCUCCUGACCCUCCCAAGCUGUUCUUUGACAUCUGUAAAGAUGACACUAACCGUGGUGAGAGUCCUUUCCUGGGGACUCAGGCUUCGUUCCCAGAUGCAGUGAGACCACCUGUGGUAGGCCCCCAGGUUACCUCUGAUCCCGAAAACCAGAAGAGCAGAGAACCUUACCUUUUGCAGCCGAGUUAUCCAGCCAAGGGUGCCACUUCCUCCAGCCCAGGCCAGCCUGAGGUAAUAGUUGUCCCUCUCUACCUGGUUAAUACUGACAGAGGGCAAGAAGGCACUGCCAGACCUCCAGCACCUCUGGGGCUGCCUGGUGGCGUCCCCACAGUCCCGGCGACCACCCCUGCCGCCUCACCUCUGACCUUCCCGACUCUAGAUGAUUUCAUUCCCCCUCAUCUGCAAAGGCGGCCCCACCACAGCCAGCCAGCCAGUGCUUCUGCCUCCUUUCCCCCCAUUAGCCAGACACCACCAUCCUUCUCACCACCACCUCCGCUGGUCCCUCCCGUACCGGAGGACCUCCACAGAGUCUCGGAGCCUCACCCCACAGGAGCUGUUUCAAGUACCGAAUCCAGUCCCCUAUUAAAUGAAGUUUCUUCUUCCCGUAUUGGAGCUGAUUCCCAAGCCUUUACAACAGUUAGCAAGCCAUCGUCCGCCUACCCCUCCACAACGAUUGUCAAUCCUACUAUUGUGCUCUUACAACACAAUCGAGAACAGCAAAAACGACUUAGCAGCCUUUCAGACUCUGUCUCAGAAAGAAGAGUGGGAGAGCAGGACUCGGCACCAACCCAGGAAAAACCCACCUCACCUGGCAGGGCUGCUGAAAAGAAAGCAAAGGAUGACAGUAGGCGGGUGGUUAAGAGCGCUCAGGACCUGAGUGAUGUUUCCAUGGAUGAAGUGGGCAUCCCACUCCGGAACACCGAGAGAUCAAAAGAUUGGUACAAGACUAUGUUUAAGCAGAUCCACAAACUAAACAGAGACACUCCUGAAGAAAACCCUUAUUUCCCUACGUACAAAUUCCCUGAACUUCCUGAAAUCCAGCAAACUUCUGAAGAGGACAAUCCUUACACUCCUACCUACCAGUUUCCUGCAUCCACUCCUAGUCCUAAGUCUGAAGAUGAUGAUUCAGAUCUGUACUCUCCUCGAUACUCUUUUUCUGAAGACACAAAAUCUCCCCUUUCUGUGCCUCGUUCAAAAAGUGAGAUGAGCUGCAUUGAUGGUGAGAAGGUAGUUAAGAGGUCAGCCACACUCCCCCUCCCAGCCCGUUCUUCCUCACUGAAGUCCAGCCCAGAAAGAAACGACUGGGAGCCCCCAGAUAAGAAAGUGGAUACGAGAAAAUACCGUGCAGAGCCCAAAAGCAUUUAUGAGUAUCAGCCGGGCAAGUCUUCUGUUCUGACCAACGAAAAGAUGAGUCGGGAUAUAAGCCCAGAAGAGAUAGAUUUAAAGAAUGAACCUUGGUAUAAAUUCUUUUCGGAAUUGGAGUUUGGGAAACCGCCUCCCAAAAAGAUAUGGGAUUAUACUCCUGGAGACUGCUCUAUCCUUCCUAGAGAGGAUAGAAAGACUAAUCUAGACAAAGAUCUCAACCUCUGCCAAACAGAGUUAGAGGCAGAUUUAGAAAAAAUGGAGACGCUUAAUAAAGCAUCCAGUGCAAACCUACCACAGAGCUCAGCAGUCAGCCCUACUCUGGAAAUUUCUUCAGAGCCUCCUGGAUAUAUAUAUUCUUCCAACUUCCAUGCAGUGAAGAGGGAAUCAGAUGGGGCACCUGGGGAUCUCGCUAGCUUGGAGAAUGAGAGACAGAUCUAUAAAAGUGUCUUGGAAGGUGGUGACAUCCCUCUUCAGGGCCUCAGUGGGCUCAAGCGGCCGUCCAGCUCAGCUUCCACUAAAGAUUCAGAAUCACCAAGACAUUUUAUACCAGCUGAUUACUUGGAAUCUUCAGAAGAAUUUAUUCGAAGACGCCAUGAUGAUAAAGAGAAACUUUUAGCGGACCAGAGACGACUUAAGCGCGAGCAAGAAGAGGCCGAUAUUGCAGCUCGACGCCACACAGGCGUCAUCCCGACGCACCAUCAGUUUAUCACUAAUGAGCGCUUUGGGGACCUUCUCAAUAUAGACGAUACCGCAAAAAGGAAAUCUGGGUCAGAGAUGAGACCUGCCAGAGCCAAAUUUGACUUUAAAGCUCAGACAUUGAAGGAGCUUCCUCUGCAGAAGGGAGAUAUUGUUUACAUUUAUAAGCAAAUUGAUCAGAACUGGUACGAAGGAGAACAUCACGGCCGGGUGGGAAUCUUCCCACGCACCUACAUCGAGCUUCUGCCUCCUGCUGAGAAGGCUCAGCCCAAAAAGUUGGCACCAGUGCAGGUGUUGGAAUGCGGAGAAGCUAUUGCUAAGUUUAACUUUAAUGGUGAUACGCAGGUAGAAAUGUCCUUCAGAAAGGGUGAAAGGAUCACACUGCUCCGACAGGUGGACGAGAACUGGUAUGAAGGGAGGAUCCCGGGGACGUCUCGACAAGGCAUCUUCCCCAUCACCUACGUGGACGUGAUCAAACGGCCGCUGGUGAAAAACCCCAUGGAGUACAUCGACCUGCCUUUCUCUUCCUCUCCAAGUCGCAGUGCCACUGCAAGCCCACAGUUCCUCGGUCACAGCAAGCUCCUCAUGCCAGCCCCCUCAUCUCUUUCCCACCCCCGCCGAGCUCUGUCCCCUGAGAUGCACGCUGUCACCUCCGAGUGGAUCUCACUGACUGUGGGAGUCCCCAGCAGGCGUUCUCUGGCCCUUACCCCACCCUUGCCUCCUCUGCCAGAGGCUUCUGUCUAUAACACUGACCACCUCGCCUUGUCAUCAAGGGCCAGCCCCUCCCUGUCUCUCAGCCUCCCGCAUUUGAGUUGGUCAGAUCAUCCCACCCCACGAUCGAUGGUUUCCCCACUGCCCCUACCCGCCCCCCACAAACCCUAUUCCCCAGCACCCGGCACCCAGGCCUCCCUUCACCUCAAUGGAGAUAGUGGUACCCACAUGCCACCUUCAGGUGUCCGCCAAGAUAGCUUCUCCCAGCCCCUGCUCGGGAGCUCUGAUAGUGUCAUCUCGGAGCUUAGCGAUGCCUUUAGCAGCCAGAGCAAGAGGCAGCUGUGGCGAGAAGAGAACGGACAGUAUGAAAGGAAAGCAGAGAGGGAGGCAGGUGAGAGAUGCCCUGGUGGACCCAAGAUCUCUAAGAAGAGCUGCUUGAAGCCUUCAGACGUGGUCAGGUGCCUGAGUACUGAACAGAGACUCUCAGAUCUCCACACCCCUGAGGAUAGCCGGCCCGGCAAGCCCCUGGGUGGCCCUUUUCCAGGAAGGGAGGCUGAGCAGCCAGAGCGGCAGAGAGGUGGCGAGCAGGCUGAGAGGAGAGCUGCUCAGAGAGGUUGGAGCCAGCCUUCUCAUCAUUCAUUGAGAGCAGGACCUGAUCUCACAGAAUCUGAAAAGAGCUAUGUGCAACCUCAAGCCCAGCAGCGAAGAGUUACCCCAGACAGGAGUCAAACGUCACAAGACUUAUUUAGCUAUCAAGCAUUAUAUAGCUAUAUACCACAGAAUGAUGAUGAAUUGGAACUCCGAGAUGGAGAUAUCGUUGAUGUCAUGGAAAAAUGUGAUGAUGGAUGGUUUGUUGGUACUUCAAGAAGGACAAAGCAGUUUGGUACUUUUCCAGGCAACUAUGUAAAACCUUUGUAUCUAUAAGAAGACUGAAAACUUCAGAGAUUAUUUUUAUUGGAGGAGAAAGCAUAAUUCACAAGCCUAUCUCUUUAGUUGAGUCAGUAGGAAAAUAAAUGCAGUUGAUAAAGAAAGAAGCAAAAGAGAGGGACAGAGAAGUGUUAUGUUUGAAACCCAGCCUGUCUUAACAUUGUAUAUCAGACAGGGUCGACCGGUGUGCUGAGCAAAAAGAAUUGAGGCAAAUCACAUUUAUUUCACUGCUUCUGGGAGCCGCUUUAGCCUCCCCAACCCCUCCACCUCCCAGGUAAUCUGACUUGGAGCACAGUCCAGAAGUGGAGUUAGCUGGAAAUGCCUCCUGCUGCCCCAGCCUUAACCAGUUCCCAACUCAAAGGGGUCAUUGAACCUGAAGCAACCCUCAAGGUACCAGGCAGACAUCCAACCUCCAAUACCAGGCUGCUCUGGAGCCAGCUGACCUCCCAGCACUCCUAGAGAUCAGUCUGGAGCAUAGAGGCUAUCCCCAGGCAGAGGUGGAGGCUCCCAAAUUGUCCAAGACCAAAUCCUCACUGGACCUGCAGAGGUAGGUGGGGAAAUGGAAAUAAAACAUAAGCACCCCGUGAGUGCAUUCCAGCCUGCUACACAGCAUCACCUUUGACUGCCCUGGUAUUCAGAUGGAAAAGCAUACAAGAUCUGCCCAGGAGAAUUGGGAGCAGAUUGCCAGGCAGAUAGGUUACAUUUGUAUUUCCAAAUGAUUAAGUCAAGAAGACCGUUGCCCUCGAGGCCACUUAUGGUGCAUUUCCCCCCCCCAUAUUGCUGGCCUUUAUAGCAGUCACCUUCAAGGCAAUGCAGUUGCAUAUAUCAGAACAGCAUUACUAGCCUUUCUUUUCCAGCUUGUGUUUGGCAGAACAGUUUGGAAUUGGUAGGCCUGUUCUCAUAGAAAACCAAGAAUUGUAUUCAGGGAUUCAUUUAACAGAUACAUUGUACACUGGCUGCUGGGGAUGCCAAUGAGCAGGACUUGCUCCAGGCUCUGCAGGACUCCUGAGUCUCCAAUUUUACUCCCUAUAGGAGUUCAAGAACCACAAAAUGUGGUAACCCAGGGCUGUAAGUCCAAAUGCACCCUGGUGAGGCUUCUCUGCAGAAGGGAGCAGCAGUUCUGUGGCUACUGGCAGUGACCAUGAAAUCUGUCUUUUUUGUGGGUAGCUCUCAGGAGGGAGGCCCUUGUGAUGCCUAGGGUGCUUAGUUACAGCUCUGUCCAACUUGAGGAUGUUUAUAGGCCUCUCUUACUGAGACAAAGAUAGAAAUGACCCACUCUUUGCCUACCAGGAACUCAGAGGAUAUUGGGGAGACAGACACAGAAAAAGGAUCUUAAUCAAGAGAGACUGUGAUAUGUGCUAAGAAGGGUGUGAGAGAGGAAGAGAUGAAUUUUCCCUGGAAGGAUCCUAGAAAGCAUUGUCAUAUUUCUGUCUCCAUUAGCUCACUUUGGGAAAUCUAGAAUGUUAGAAGAACCUUUGUCUGAGAGUAAUUCAUGGUCAGAAAUACUUGGGAAUUUGCCCAGAGUCCUCAAACACUGAUCUUUAUAAAUACUCAUCCAGGAUCACAAAUAGGAGUAGCAAUUCUGGGUGGUAGGGAUGUGUACAGGAACUCCUGGAUGUCUGCAUGUAGCUCGGAAUUACCCCAGGACUGUUAUCCCAAAGUCUAGACUGUCUUUACAAGUAGUCAGAAUUUUUCUCAGUGCCUGUGCUGAAGCUGCUCAGAUUCCUAUCUUAAGAUCCCACCAGCUUCCCACUCUCUCCCAGAUGGCCGUAGUACCCUCAUUUUUUCUCCCUAUCCUUUCAAAUCCUGUUCUCAGGAAAUAAACUGUCACUGAUUCAUUCACAAUAAAGUGUACAUGACUGGUAAGAGGAAUGUCUUAGUCUCUCCACAGAUGCUUGUUUUAUCUAGGGCAGAGGAGAGCCUUAAUCCCAAGGGAAAGGGCUUAUGGAACUGGAGGGGUUGAGGGAGCUUCCUGGAUAGAAAGAGUCUUCUUGAUUGUCCUUAGGACCCAGUGACAAUAAGGUCUGCUCCACCAUCUAAGAGCACUGUGUUUUAACCUUCUCUCCCUAAGGGAAUAUAGUAAAAACACACAGGCAUGUGCAUUUUGCACGGCGGCAUUUCACCUAUUUUGGAAUGUAUUGGCUAAUGUGGUUCCUGGUCUUUCUUAGAUGCAAACCAUUAAUAACACUGUCUUAUAUAAUAGUUUUUUGAGGGGUGCUUCUUGAUUAAGUAGGUAAUUUUGAACACCUCCUUAAAUACAGCUAGAAAAUAAAACCAAUUUGUAAAGCCACACUGCAUAAUGAUGCCAGCUUCACGCAUUUGUAUAUCUCCAGAAAUCCAAGUAUGCCUCACUAAUUUGCCCAUCUUUAAUAAAAUCAUAUGUUAAAAUUUGCAUCUCUUCAGCUUCCUAUGUACAACAAAACAAGGAACAAAGGUCUCCAAUUGCUCUUUUGUCUUCAGACGUUUAGUAAUAUAAAGUACCUAUUUUUAUGCUGAAAUGUUUAUACUGGUUUAUUAAUAGCAAGAGCAACUGGCGGCAUGCCUCAAAACAGAUUUUGAUAUACUAGCCAUGCUUCCAGGUAAAGGCAAGCCCCAAACUACUUAUCUUUUGCAGUCUCUCUGGGAUCAGUAAAAGAAAAAAAAAUGUGCUUAAGAAGUGGGACUGUAAAUAUGUAUAUUUGACUUUGUAUAGCCCAUGUACCUACCUUGUAUAGAAAAAUAAUUUUAAAAAUUUGAAUGGAAGAGGGGGGUAAAGUAAGAAAGUCAUGAAGUUUUUUCCAUUUUUAUUUAAAUGAAGGAAUUCCAAAUAACUCACCUGAAGAUAUUCAGCCCAAAAAUAGCCAUUGUAAAGUGUUAAAAUUUACAAUAAUUAUUCUUCUGUGGAGAGAUGGUAACUAAUAAUCUCAAUUACAGUUGUUGUUUUGUUUUCUUUAUUUCAUUAUGGUUUAGGGGGAGGUAUUCUGUUUGGGCUUUUUUUUUUUUUUUUUCUCCUGGCAGUUCUAUUUAUCUACCAUAGCAUUAAGUCCUAUUGCUAGAAUAGGUUACUAUAAAAAGAGAUUAUAUUCUGAAAGAAAAAUAACUGAUGUUAUAUGUAACCAAUUAAUUUAAAAUAUUGCCAUUUAAAUUACACACUGAGAGCAUGUACUAUGCCGACAUAGAUUUUUCCAUUCAUUUAUUUUUCUUUAUUGCAGUGGAUUGAUUUGAUAAAUGUGUUGAAUUACUACAUUUGCUGUACAUAUUAUUUAAUAAACUUUAUUCAGAAUCGCGUGGCA